UCCCACUCCCUGCUCCUCUCUCUGAGCUCGAGCCUCUCUUCCCCUCUCUGCUUCACGAGUUCUCCUCCCGAAACCUGCGCGAGACGGCAACUGAAGCGCGAGGCUAUUCCCCCCUCUCUCCCCAGUCAACAUGUCUACAGUUCCACUCUCGACCAGAUUCACUGACGAAUAUCAGCUGUUUGAGGAACUCGGAAAGGGUGCCUUUUCUAUCGUCCGCCGAUGCAGCAAGAAGUCCACCGGCCAGGAGUAUGCUGCUAAAAUUAUCAACACGAAAAAGCUGUCCGCCAGAGAUCACCAGAAACUGGACCGGGAGGCACGGAUUUGUCGUCUGCUGAAACAUCCAAACAUAGUACGACUCCACGACAGCAUCUCAGAGGAAGGCUUCCAUUACCUUGUCUUUGACCUGGUCACUGGAGGAGAGCUGUUUGAGGACAUUGUUGCCAGAGAGUAUUACAGCGAGGCAGAUGCCAGCCACUGCAUCAAUCAGAUCCUGGAGAGCGUCAGCCACAUCCACCAGCAUGACAUUGUGCACAGGGACCUCAAGCCAGAGAACCUGCUCCUGGCCAGUAAGAUGAAGGGAGCGGCGGUGAAGCUGGCAGACUUCGGUCUUGCCAUCGAGGUUCAGGCGGAGCAACAGGCAUGGUUUGGCUUUGCAGGAACUCCGGGGUAUUUGUCCCCAGAGGUGUUGAGAAAGGACCCGUACGGCAAGCCAGUAGACAUCUGGGCCUGUGGUGUGAUCCUGUACAUCUUGUUGGUGGGAUAUCCUCCCUUCUGGGACGAGGACCAACACAAACUGUACCAACAAAUCAAGGCCGGAGCGUAUGACUUUCCCUCUCCAGAGUGGGACACAGUGACCCCAGAGGCUAAGAACCUGAUCAAUCAGAUGUUGACCAUUAACCCCGCCAAGAGGAUCACCGCCGACCAGGCCAUCAAUCACCCCUGGGUCUGCCAACGCUCCACCGUGGCCUCCAUGAUUCACCGUCAAGAGACUGUGGAGUGUCUGCGCAAGUUCAACGCCAGGAGGAAACUGAAAGGAGCGAUCCUCACAACAAUGCUGGUGUCCAGGAACUUUUCAGUGGGAAGGCAGCAUACCAGCCCUGCCGCUACUACCAGCACGGCCGCAAUGGCACAGGAAGCGUGCAAAUCCUUACUAAACAAAAAGACGGACGGUGUGAAGUCGCAGGGGACCAACAGUAAAAACAGUGUAGUGAGCAGCAGCAGCACCAAAGACAGCAGCAUGUCAUCUACAGCACCAAUGGAAGCCCAGACAACUGUUGUACACAACCCAGCUGACGGCACCAAGGGCUCCACAGAGAGCUGCAACAACACAGAAGAGGAGGAGAUGAAAGGUAGGAAAGUGUCUGCCUGCGAGUCCUCUACUUCAAGCAGUGUGACGUUAAGCCAGUGCAGCACUCUUGAGGACCAGAGCCAGUUACUGCAGUACCCCGCAGCACCCAGCUCGUGCCCCCCGCAGGAGGCUGCUAACAGCUCCUGUCCUGCCCCAGAGUCCGCUCUGCCGCCCCCUGCAGGCAGCAGCCGCACCCUGCAGCACACUCGUAAACAGGAGAUAAUAAAGAUGACGGAGCAGCUGAUUGAAGCCAUCAACAAUGGAGAUUUUGAGGCUUACACGAGAAUCUGUGACCCUGGACUGACUUCCUUUGAACCGGAGGCUCUUGGAAACCUGGUGGAGGGCAUGGACUUUCACAAGUUCUACUUUGAUAACCUGCUGAGUAAAAACAGCAAGCCCGUGCACACCACCAUCCUGAACCCCCACGUGCACCUGAUCGGGGAGGAGGCCGCCUGCAUCGCCUACAUCCGCCUCACGCAGUUCAUGGACGCUCAGGGCCGGCCGCGCUCCUGCCAGUCGGAGGAGACGCGGGUCUGGCACCGCCGCGACGCCAAGUGGCUCAAUGUGCACUUCCACUGCUCCGGAGCGCCGGCUGCCCCGCUGCAGUGAGCCGACACCAGGCCCAGCUUUGCCUGAAACUCUAAAGCUGUUUGGAGCGUUUUAUUCUCCGCGGUCGGAUUUGUGCCUGGAUCCUGGCGGGGAAGAGAGGCAGCUUGGAGAGGUGUGAAAUCACAAAAGUGGGGAAAAAGGGUGAUAUAUUAAAAAGUAAAAAAAAUAAAACAUAUUUCAAAAGCUUGACUAAAUGACCGCCCAACACGAUCCAGUCAAUCCUCGCUAGGGGGGGGGGGGGGCCCGGCUGACGCUCCUGCAGGUGGUGCAUGCUCGGGGGACACAUGGGGUGAAGCUGUCCCGUCUCCCAUGGCCUUUAUUUCCCUGUAUCUGUUAUGUCUGCUGUCUGGAAAAGUAUUACAAAUAUAUAUAUCUAACCGAAAAACAAGUACACUCACCACAUAUGGAACAGAACUGGGGCGAUGAGAGUAAUAUCUGGAAAUGUGAUUUAUAUUUUGUCUGAGAGCAGCAGAACGUCUACUUGAAUAGAAGUUUGUUUGACAGGUUUAUGAGGGUUGGAUUUAUGGGAGCAACUUAUAUCUACUUAAUAUCCGAAUUUAUCAUCCAUUUAAGUGUCAGGUUUGAGCGUCUGUACACCAUGUUGUGAGGCGUUGAGAUUCGUUACUGAAUGGACCUUUGUUUUGAUUUUGUGUUUUUGUAUCAUGUUAUGAAGCUGUUUUUACCUUUUUUAUUUUAAAGUGUUGAAAAAGGAUCAUUUUUAAUCAAAAGGGGGGUUUUAUUUAAUAGAAGUGUGUGUAUAAACAAAUAUUUAUAUUAGGAAAAAAGGGGAUAUAUUGUACGUUUAGGGUGAAGGGAGGGGAGUUAAGCAUGAGUGGGUUUUUUUCUCUACUUUGAGGUCCCGAGGGUGUACGGUAUAUACACACACAAGUACUCACUCCAGUGCAUGCACGCGCACGCACACACACUCUGAGGGUCCAGCCGUUAGGGUUGAGCCUCUCGAGCUUUAGACACACGAGGCCAGCUCAUCCUGAAGUUGCAGAAGGUCUAAAGCUCCUCACAUCUCUGAACUACCUAAUCUGAAAGCACAGAGGCACUCUCUCUCUAUCGUUAUUUUGUGUAUUUUUGAUGUGAAGCAUGAACUAUUUGAUCUAACAGCCUGUACUGUUUUUGCACAGACACUUAUGACUCGAUGCUGUUGUGUUCGCUCUUUGAGGGACUGAUCCUUCCUGCAACUUCAGGUUCCGCUUGCCUGAAUCCUUCCCGUCUCUCCGCCUCUCUACUUCUAUCAUUCCUGCCUCUUAUACUUACUCCACGUCCCCAUUACUGUCCGAGUAGCACCUCGUCGUGUGAUGAUGUCACCCUCUCUUGUUCUGACCGUGUUCUUGAAAAAUGUGUGUGUCGUCCGUCUUGGCUUGCUGUACUUCUGUGUGAAGUCCUGGAAAUAUUUUAAAAAGCAUGUUCAAAAGGGAAUGCAGCCGAGGGAUUGGACAAAAAAAAAGGCAUGAUGAUGGGACGGGGCUCUGGGACCUUCGCUGAUGGCAAUCAAUGGAUUUGGUCCCUUUUGUCACAGUUUUUGUUGUAAAAUGUCGUAGUUGUUAGUGUGUUGGUGUUGAUAUUUUAAUUUUAGCCAGAUAUAUAAAAAAUGAGGGGAUUUGGAAUAAAGGCAGCUGAGACUGCCACAAACUUUUUUUACUGCCCGUUGCUCCUCACAUGCUGAACUCUCGAGAUAAACAUACUUAAUAACAGAGGAACUCACAACAUCAUACAAGCACAUGAGAUAAGUGUCUCCCUCCAAAGAGGAGAAAACAUAUCUCCAUGUCAGUCUUUGAACACUGUUUUUUCACUGUGUCGUACAAACUUGUGAGUGUGUCUUUCUACGCUGCUCUGUAGUAACUCACGAUCACGCUUCAAUCACACACCGUGGUAAACACUGACAGAUGAGCAUAUUUCAAAAGAUGAAUCAUAGUGAGGCCUGUCCUCCUGUAUCAACCGCCUGUGCUUCUGAGUGAUGUGACAUAUCUGACAUGCCAUGACCACUGUGUCCCCCACAAACACACACACAUAUUUCUGCGUCAUAACAAGGAUGCUUUGUAAAUCUGUUAGAUCUGUUGUGGCCCAGGUGUGUGUUGAUGCCACCAAAUCUGACAAAAUGCUUUUCUUUCAUUGUAGAUGUUUGAUUGGAAAAUUAAGAUGCAGUUAAACUUUACGGGUUAUCUUACAGAGGCGAAACUGAUAUUAGGGAACAAAUAGAUUCAUAGUCAAGUUUGCCGAAGUAUUUGGACAGCUGGAUUUAGUUUAAAUGUACGCUUAAGAUGAUGGAUACGGAGCGAAUCAUUGGCUAUCGAUCUGAGAGUGAUCAAUGUAUAACUCGCAGAUAAAAACCAAACAUUUCUCUUAAAAAUAUCACAAAAUAUCAUAAAGUUACAUGACUCCCUAUGUUUCCGUAGAGAACUACAGAGUGGCCUCCCUGCUUCAGCUGAAGAUCCAUUGUAACAUUUCACCAUGACAGGGUAUUGACUUUUAAAGCUUGCUGAUGUAAAUAGAAAAUGUGACCAAAUAUAGACUUACCUUCACACAGAGUAAAGACUUUGAUAAACUCCUUAGUUAAAAUACUUUGGCAAAUACGCAAUAUAUGUUAGAUUCAAACAGUACCUGAGGAAAAUGUUGAAACGGGAUUAUUAAAACCACAAUGUUAAACAUCAACACUAUAUAUGCAGUUCUACAAAUGGAAGAAAUAUGCAUGUGUACUUUCUGGUAAUUUUUCACUGUUUACUCAAUAAAGAAAUGGAAAUCUAUGUUACUUGCAUCCUCGAGGUUAUGAAAUGGUUCCGUCUGAGAUAUCAAAACAAAGUGAUAUGUCACAUUAAAAUUGUUAGCGAAAGCCUUAGCUUGUACUACGUGAGUAAAAUGCAUUGUAACCUUAAACUGAAGGGGCUACACAUGUGUCUAUACUUUGAGUUUCAAUGGAUGCUGGAUUUUUUUUGCAUGACCAUACGGUUAAUAAACAUACAUUUAAAAUAUCA